AUGAAGAUCCAAUCUCUUACAAGCAUUUUCCUACUUGUGCUACUCAUAUUUAUUGUUGGAACUGAGGCUUAACUCUUUGACAACUACAACACCAUCGUCAGUUCAGCAGCUGUUUUUGUUGGAAGCUCUUUCUAUGAGACCUUCAAAAACCCAAGAAUCUUGAGAGAAGGAGGAUGA